AUGGCUGCCAUCGCAAUGUCAAGGACAAAAGAAUCCAAUCCGAUUUCGAAGAAUCCAUCAUUUGCCGCUUUGAAGCUACUGGGUAAGAAGAUAUUACACUCUUCUAAUACUGCUUCAUCUUCAUCGUCUUCCAUUUCAUCAAAGAGAAAAAACGCUAAUAACACUGGGAAUGAAAAAGUGAUUGCUCAUGUACCAUUAAAAAAGGUUGCAAGGGAACCAAAGAAGGUUCCAACGGAGAGGAAACCCAAGACAGUAGCUGAUAAGAUAACGUAUAAUCCAUAUGGUUUGAAUUCAAAUUCAUAUAGUGCUAAUGGUAGGAUGCUGAACCAAAAACCACAAGGAGCUGACGCCAUCACAGAUUUAAGUUUUUAUUUACAAGAUGGGGAUAAUAAGAUACGAUUAUUGCCAUUGCCCAUCGCUGACCCUAAUAUUUUCCUUCCAUGUGAAAUGCAACAGGAUUCUGUGUUACUUAACGAGAAUUUUGUCUUUGAUGAGGAAAAAAAAGUUAUUGGAUCAGGUGGAUCUAGCGAAGUUAAAAAAGUGGCAUCUAUUCGUAGAAGGAAAGAUGUCUACGCUUUGAAGAAAUUAAACAUGAUAUAUGAUGAGACUCCUGAGAAAUUUUAUAAGAGAUGCUCCAAGGAAUAUAUUAUUGGGAAACACUUGAGUUUGGGCCAAAAUAUUCAUAUCAUUAACACAGUCUGUUUGGUAAAAGUCCCAACUUCAUCAUAUUCCAGUAGAGGAUGGGGUGUUGUUAUGGAAUUAGGUAGUAAGGAUUUAUUCCAAUUGAUUGAAAAGACUGGUUGGAGAAACGUUCCACUCGGUGAAAAAUUUUGUAUCUUUAAACAGGUGGCGCAAGGGGUCAAAUUCAUGCAUGAUCAAGGUAUUGCCCAUCGGGAUUUGAAACCUGAAAAUGUAUUAUUAUCAAAAGAUGGUGUUUGUAAAUUAACAGAUUUUGGUAUUUCUGAUUGGUAUCAUGAGGAUCCAUAUGAUUUUGAAAGCCCCAUUAAGACAUGCGCUGGUAUGAUUGGUUCUGCACCAUACGCUGCUCCUGAAGUUAUGUUGUUCGAUUCCAAGAAGGGCUAUCCUGAAACAUUACAAAAACGUUACAAUCCCUUGAAAUUAGAUUGUUAUUCUCUAGGUAUAAUCUUAAUGACUCUAGUUAAUGGUAUGAUUCCAUUUAUGGAAUCAUGUAAUAAGGAUUCAGGAUUUAGAGAAUAUCAAAUGAAUUACGAAAAAUUUAUUCGUCAUCAUAACCCAAGAUUUAGAGAAAAGCAUUGGUAUAAACCAGGACCAGGCAGUGAGUACUCCCUUGCUAGGAAUUUUAAAGAUACGAAUGCAUCGCGUGUGGCAUGGAGGUUAGCAGAUCCCAAUGUUGAAACUAGGUAUACAAUGGAUGAUCUAUUCAUGGAUCCAUGGUUUAUUGCGAUAGAUACUUGUGUGGAACCGGACGAGGUUUGUAUUCUUCCGGAUCCUUUAUUCACCAAACGUCAAGAUUCUCUUAUAGAUCCUAAACGGAUCGAUAGUGAAGAUUGUUCUUCCGUGUCAUCAUCCAAAACUGCAGCUUCCAAUGUAUCCUUAGUUGGGAAGUUAUCUAUAAAGCCCAGAUCUAUGGUUGACAUCGCUGCAUCUCCAAAUCUGAUAAUGCACCACCACAAGGAAAAAGCUUUAUUCACCUUGGAUGAAGAUCGAGAUGAAGAUGAGCAAGAGAAGAGGUCGCUCAAGGAAAUAGACAUUUACAGAUCCACAACUACAACUAUGAAGAAAUCAAAUGUGCUUCCACUACUAAGCACCAACAGAUUCCCUACUCCGCACACAUCAAGUUCAGAAUCACCAAUGACACCACUGAGAAAGUUUAGUGAUCUAUCUAUCGGAUCGACCUAUAGUUCCUCGACCUUCACUAAGACUACUGUAGGACCCAGUUCCAUAUCGUCUACGGCUUCAUCCAUCCAUAGCGGUCAAUCCAGAAGGAGAAAGAAGCUGAUCCAUGACCAUCUGCAUGUGGUUAGCAGCGUGACAAGAAUAUGA